GGCAAGCAGUCGCCAUUAUAGGCAUCAAACCAAUACGAAAGAUACCCCAGGCCGCCCAUUGCCCAAACGAACAUCUAUGGCCCUCUCGUCUUGCACUCUUACCCUCUCUCACUCUUCUUUACGCCGCCACGUACACAAAUACACCACCACUAUCCACCUCGCCCCUCCUCCGUCUCCUCCUCCUCACUGGAACUUGCCCAAUCCACCAGUACUUCCUUUCCGACGUCUCGUUUCCUUUCCUCCUUACAUUCCUUGCUCCUCCCUCAUUUCCGCCACCGCACCUCUACUUCAAGACGCCGGUGCCACGGCUACUGUACUUGCUGGUGCUUACAGUCUCGUUCGCACUUUUGAUACUCUCACUCAGCGAAAUCUCAUUCAACAGAGUUUGAGCAGAAAACUAGUUCAUAUACUUUCGGGCUUGCUUUUUGCUGCUUGCUGGCCUAUUUUCAGCACCUCAACACAGGCUCGCUACUUAGCUUCUGUAGUACCUCUUGUGAAUUGCUUAAGGCUUAUUGUAAAUGGCUUCUCUUUGGUUACUGAUGAAGGGCUCAUUAAAUCUGUUACUCGAGAAGGAAAUCCGCAGGAGUUGCUGAGAGGACCUUUGUAUUAUGUUUUGAUAUUGAUUUUGUGUGCUCUUGUUUUUUGGCGUGAGUCUCCAACUGGGGUGAUCUCUUUGGCCAUGAUGUGUGGUGGGGAUGGUGUGGCUGAUAUAAUCGGUAGAAGAUUUGGGUCAUUGAAGCUUCCUUACAAUCAACACAAGAGCUGGGCUGGUAGCAUAUCUAUGUUCAUCUGUGGCUUCUUGAUUUCUAUUGGGAUGCUGUUCUACUAUUCAGCCCUCGGAUAUUUCCAGUUGGAUUGGACAUGGACAAUUCAGAGAGUGGCUUUAGUGGCUUUAGUGGCAACUGUUGUAGAGUCCCUUCCAAUUACAGAGGUAGUAGAUGACAACAUAACUGUUCCUUUAGUAAGCAUGGUGGUAUCAAUGCUAAGCUUCGGUUACUAGCUAGCUUGGUCUAUGCAUCCAAGUCUUCUGCUGUCUGUGCUGUGUUUAAUCAUUCCAGCUCAUGUCUAUCAUUGCAAUGUAUUUUAUAGUCGUUUUUCUCUCUUCUAGCCAAGCAAUCAAAUAUCUUACCUUUUUUAUCGUAACAAGAAAAAUCCUCCUUUCUACUA